GCUCAACCAAUCGCGCUUUUCUCCGCUUUGACGUUUCCGGUUGCUGACAGAAAGGCCUAGGAGCUAAACCAACCUUUCCAGAGCUGGCUGUCAUUACACACAGCUCCGGGAUGGUUUGAUACAGCGGUAAGUGAAAGAGGGAACGGCCCCCUCUGUGAGCAUGGCCUCGGAGCUCAAUGAUGCCAUCUUUGUAGCCAAACAGGAGCGUCACAAGAACCUGUUCCUCAACUACAGGAACCUGAACAUCUUUCCUGUUGAGCUCUUAAAAGAUGAAGGCCUGCAGUUCCUGGAAAGACUCUACAUGAAAAGAAACUCACUCACGACACUGCCUGAUAAUCUAGCACAGAAACUCCCCAACUUGAUCGAACUGUAUCUCCACUCAAACAACAUUGCCUUCAUUCCGCAAGCUAUUGGGAACUUGGCGAGGCUGCAGUCGCUGGAUCUGAGUGAUAAUGCCCUGCAGGUGAUCUGCCCCGAGAUCGGUCGCCUGCGCUCGUUACGCCACUUACGACUGUCCAACAACCAGCUGAAAUGCCUUCCACAAGAGCUGGGGUAUUUGAAGGAGCUGGAGACUCUGGACGUGUCCAUGAAUCUGUUAAGGACUCUCCCGGAGCAGCUGCACCAGUGUGUGUCUCUGCAGUGUCUGACUGCUGACCGGAACCUCCUGCAGUGCCUCCCGCGUCAGCUGUGUCAGCUACCAGACCUCAACGAGCUCUCCGUGGCUGCAAACUGCCUCAGAUCACUGCCUCUGGAUCUUGGACGAUCCAUGGAGCUGCAGUUUGUCUUCGUGGACAACAAUGUUCACCUCAAGGGCCUGCCAUCUUACCUGUAUAACAAGGUCAUCGGCUGCAACGGGUGUGGAGUUACUCCACACGUCUCUGACGUGACACAGCUUUCACUGACCAUCGGAGAUAUGAACGUGCCUCUUCCCUCUGAAGUGAAGGCUAUUGGCACGGAGGCUGACCGAGUGCUGACAUUAGAAGAGAUGGCAAUGAGAGCACUGCAUGUAGCAUACAGCAGGAACAUGAAGGGGUCAUGGGGGAGCCCGGAGCUUAUCCCAGGGAUCUUGGGGCACAAGGCGGGGGACACCCUUGACAGGGUGCCAACCCACUACAGGGCACAAUCUCUCACACAUUCACACACCCGUUCAAAGACUACAGGCAAUUUGGAAAUGCCAAUCAGCCUACAACACGUCUUUGUGGGGGAGGAAACCGGUGUACCUGGAGGAAACCCCCGAAGCAUGGGGAGAACAUGCAAACUCUGCACACAGGACAAAGACUCUGCGUUGUUGCCAACGUUCCUGCUGCCCACCAGCCUGUUCGAGCUGUUCGAGUGUCCGCUGGGUCACUGCCAUCGCUGCAGUCAGCUCAUGUUCACCAUCGUCUACCCCAAACUCUUCCGCCUCAGAGACACCGCACUGGCUGGAGUGCACAGGAGAACGACGGUGAGUUUCGUAGCAUACUGCUGCUCCAGCCAGUGUUUGCAGAUGUUUGACUUGCAGAGUUGAUAUCACCAUCUCAUCCAUCACGGGGCUGUCGUCGGGAUGUGCCACGAGAAUGUUGUGACCUUGAUCUUGAACUACAGAUUAACAGUGGACCCCUUGGACUUCCUGCUGACAUCCAAAGCAGUAAAAGUUUUAGCACCCCAUGCAAAGUUUGUACUUAUGAGCUCCUUUCAGUAGUCAGCAUUGGCACUUUCUCUCAAAAUAAGAAUAGUUACAUUUUAUGAAGUGUUUUUUUUUUUUAACUGAUUGUAACAGAAGCUCUUGAGUACCUUUCACCCAGAUGAGAAGUAUUUUUGAAUUCAGACAAAAUCCCUACUUGAUGGAAGUGUCCUGACGAUUUUCUGAACUGUAUUAUUAUUCAAGUAUUUAUUCUUAUAAGGAUUGACCUCCAUUUUGGAGAUUUUCUGUUUGAAGUGUUUGGACUGUGACUUUUAUGACUGUUCUAGACCCAAUGAAGCACUACAGAAUGCUCGAAACGGAUCGUGUACAUGCUAUUAGAGGGAUGCUGAAAAAUCAAUUUAACACAAUUUCAUCCAUACCCCAAUGAUCAACCAAGAUGUUUGGUGUCUGAUGUUUUGCCCUGGCUAAUGGUGCUAAUAAGUAAUCUAAAGGUGAGCUGUAGCUCCAAUUAAUUCUAAUGAAGCAAAUGACAGACACCAAAAAAUUUGACUGAGCGUGUACAUUGGAUUCCCCCCCCGCCUAAACCACCGAUGUCCUUUAAUAAAUACAUUAUUUGUGGCCAUAACCACAAUCUGCAUCCAAAGCCAUUCAGGAUUUUGUGUGGCUUGUCACUGAUUUUUCCAACUAAGCCUUUCCACAUGUACAUCUAACUGAAAUGAAAUGACAUUCGUCAUUAUUUAUAAAUGAAACACCGUGUUUCCAUUCAUGUCUAGUUACCUGGAGACUUAGAAACAUUAAGUAAAUAAACUUCACUGUUCAAGAACUUUUGAAUAUUGAACUGUUUUAAAUGAUACACUAUUUAUUGAGUUCAUUCAAUGCAUUAGACCGUUGUAACAUCAUAACAUUGAAAGUUGCAUUUGGCUCCAGAUUUCUGUAACUGCAAUUUAAUCUGCUCAUUACAUUCAUAUGUGAUUCUGUA